CCGGAGGCGCCUGCCCAGAGCGCGGGGACCGGUCGGGUAUCGCCGCUCUCGGCAGCCGACACUCAGCCCCUCCAGCCAUUUGUGAACCCGAGGCUUGACAUUCGCCAGCGCGGAGCUCCCCUCAAGAGUAAUUUCAAUGAAAAAGAAAGCCAAUGGAUCGUGGUCUUAGAAAAACUGCUUAGAUGAUGUCUGUUUCCUGUGCUAUAAACACGUGGCAGAGCUGUAAGUAAAUGCUCCUCACUGCAUGAUGAAUUGGAUGUCUGCAGACCGGAGGCAAAAAAAAUAAUUGUCUCAUUUUCGUGGUGAUUUGCUUAACUGGUGGGACCAUGCCAGAACGGCUAGCGGAAAUGCUCUUGGAUCUCUGGACUCCAUUAAUAAUAUUAUGGAUUACUCUUCCCCCUUACAUUCACGCGGCUCCGAUGAAUCGGUCUCAAGUUGUAAUGAGUGGAUCCCCUUUGGAACUAAACCGGCUAACUGAAGAACAGCGGAUUUUGAACCGCUCCAAAAGAGGCUGGGUUUGGAAUCAAAUGUUUGUCCUGGAAGAGUUUUCUGGACCUGAACCGAUUCUUGUUGGCCGGCUGCACACAGACCUGGACCCUGGAAGCAAAAAAAUCAAGUAUAUCUUAUCAGGAGAUGGAGCUGGGACAAUCUUUCAAAUAAAUGAUAUAACAGGGGAUAUCCAUGCUAUAAAAAGACUUGACCGAGAGGAGAAGGCUGAGUACACCCUCACAGCUCAGGCGGUGGACUGGGAGACAAACAAGCCUCUUGAACCUCCAUCUGAGUUUAUUAUUAAAGUUCAAGACAUCAAUGACAAUGCACCAGAGUUUCUUAAUGGACCCUAUCAUGCUACCGUGCCAGAGAUGUCCAUUUUGGGUACGUCUGUCACUAAUAUAACAGCUACUGAUGCUGAUGAUCCAGUUUAUGGAAACAGUGCAAAGCUGGUUUAUAGUAUCUUGGAAGGGCAGCCUUAUUUUUCCAUUGAGCCUGAAACAGCAAUUAUAAAAACUGCCCUUCCCAACAUGGAUAGAGAAGCCAAGGAGGAGUACCUGGUUGUCAUCCAAGCCAAAGAUAUGGGUGGACACUCUGGUGGCCUGUCUGGAACCACCACACUUACAGUGACCCUUACCGACGUUAAUGACAAUCCUCCGAAAUUUGCCCAGAGUCUAUAUCACUUCUCAGUACCAGAAGAUGUGGUUCUUGGCACCGCGAUAGGGAGGGUGAAGGCCAAUGACCAAGAUAUUGGUGAAAAUGCACAGUCCUCAUAUGACAUCAUUGAUGGAGAUGGAACAGCACUUUUUGAAAUCACUUCUGAUGCCCAGGCCCAGGAUGGCGUUAUAAGACUAAGAAAGCUGCAGGAAUUUGCUCAGUUCUUAAACAAAGCGCUCCAAGCUACACAGAGAUGUCAACACUGCAAAGGGGACCCUCUAGCAAUGAAGGACAAAGACUGGUUUUCCAUCGACCGGCAUACUGAUCUGGAGAGACAAUUCAACAUUAACGCAGAUGAUGGGAAGAUAACGCUGGCAACACCACUUGACAGAGAAUUAAGUGUAUGGCACAAUAUAACAAUCAUUGCUACAGAAAUUAGGAACCACAGUCAGAUAUCACGAGUACCUGUUGCUAUUAAAGUGCUGGAUGUCAAUGACAACGCCCCUGAAUUCGCAUCCGAGUAUGAGGCAUUUUUAUGUGAAAAUGGAAAACCUGGCCAAGUCAUUCAAACAGUGAGUGCCAUGGACAAAGAUGAUCCCAAGAACGGACACUAUUUCUUAUACAGUCUUCUUCCAGAAAUGGUCAACAAUCCGAAUUUUACCAUCAAGAAAAAUGAAGAUAAUUCUCUCAGCAUUUUGGCAAAGCAUAAUGGGUUCAACCGCCAGAAGCAAGAAGUCUAUCUCUUACCAAUCAUAAUCAGUGACAGCGGGAACCCUCCUCUAAGCAGUACCAGCACCCUGACCAUCCGAGUCUGUGGCUGCAGCAAUGAUGGUGUCGUCCAGUCUUGCAAUGUUGAAGCUUAUGUCCUUCCAAUUGGGCUCAGUAUGGGCGCCUUAAUUGCCAUAUUAGCAUGCAUCAUUUUGCUGCUAGUCAUCGUGGUGCUGUUUGUAACUCUGCGGCGACAUAAGAACGAGCCGUUAAUUAUCAAAGACGAUGAAGAUGUACGAGAAAACAUCAUCCGCUAUGACGACGAAGGAGGAGGGGAGGAAGACACGGAGGCUUUUGACAUUGCAACUUUACAAAACCCAGAUGGAAUUAAUGGAUUUUUACCCCGUAAGGAUAUUAAACCAGAUUUGCAGUUUAUGCCAAGGCAAGGGCUUGCUCCAGUCCCAAAUGGUGUCGAUGUUGAUGAAUUUAUAAAUGUGCGGCUACAUGAGGCAGAUAAUGACCCCACGGCCCCACCCUAUGACUCCAUUCAGAUUUAUGGCUACGAAGGCCGAGGGUCUGUGGCUGGCUCUCUCAGCUCCUUGGGGUCCACCACCUCAGACUCAGACCAGAAUUUUGACUACCUCAGUGACUGGGGUCCCCGCUUUAAGAGACUGGGAGAACUCUACUCUGUUGGCGAAAGUGACAAAGAAACUUGACAGUGGAUUAUAAAUAGGUUCAUGAGACUGAGCGCUCUGUAAUAUUCUAGGGUCACUCCCCUUAGGUACAACCAAUGUGGCUAUUUGUUUUAGAGGCAAGUUUAGCACCAAUCAUCUAUAAACUCAACUACAUUUUAAUGUUGAACCAAAAAUUAAUAAUAAAAAAAAUAAAAAGUAUAUGUUAGGAGGUUAUAAAUCUUGUGGAGUGUGAAUUAAAGUAUGUGGAGUGUCUAGAAGUCUUUGGACAUUUGAUAUUUACCUGACCACCACAGACAAAGAUUGGGAUCCUGGCUAAUGCUUAGAGAAAUGGUUUAAAAAGAGGAAAAAAUCAAAAUUAAAAGGUGCUUUCUUAGAAAAAUGGACCUGCAAGAAAUUUGCUGCUGAUAUGUGUCUUCUGCAAGGAUUUUUAUAAAUGCAAAUGGUUAUUUCCCCUUCACCAAUAAGGAUCCCGCCACAAAUGAUAAAGCAAUACUUGGUCUGCUGUACAUUGUGACUUUUUGGAGUUUUGGGAGGCCUCUAGAUUAUACGGUACGGUGACCACACAUUGUACAUAACUGUUGGCCCCAGUCAUCAGAGACUGAAUAGCAUCUUUAAAUAUUGUGUCGAGCCUUAAAAUAUUCACAUGUUCGUAAUCCAUUCCAGGGCGGGGAUUACCAACUCAGUGGUGGGAGGAGAGAAAUCCCAGGCAAACAGGCUUGUUUUCUGGAAGCAGGAUUGCUCGUUCCCUCCACGUCAUCUUCUUCCACAAGGACACAAAGACAAACUGUACCACACAGUGGAUUACAUGAGAGACAGAUGGUUUUAUUGCUAGUGCGUGAAUUUAUUUGUUUAAUCCUCAAAAUAAAUAUUUUAUUGAUGUCCAUUAAUGCUUUUAUUUAUUAAGGUUGGUAAUCUAUAGAUUAAGGGAUUAUAUGGGGAAAAAACUAAAUUAUAUCCAUUAAUAAUCCUUUAGAUUGUUUUAUAUAAAUAUAUACACACUGAAAUGUUUAAUAUGUGUACAUUUUGACGAGAUGAGUAUGGCAGGCAAUAUUAUCAAAAGGGGGGCUAAUAGUCUCUUUAGAGUAGAAAGUGUUAUUGUGACUGAUGAUGGCAGGAACAGCAUUUUCCCAGAGAAACUUUUGGACUGUUUUCUAUUUUGUUCAUAAUCCUAGUAUUUGGUGUUUUUACUACAAGCACAAACAUCCGAAAGUAUGUUGAUCCACGUGAAUAUUUAAAUUCUAGACUUUUAGAUACCUACACAAUGCCCUGCCCAGUAAAUAUGCUUCAAGUUGCCCCCAUUGUUUUAGAGCAGGAACUGAUUUGUACAUAAGUUUUACUGCUUCUGUUUUUAGUCCUUCCCUCCCUGAUCUUCAUGGUGAUGCACAGAACAUCUUAGACUCCAAAAGAAAACAGCACUAGAAGAUGUGAGCAUAUUCAAUUUGUAAUGCAAUCCUGCCAUUUAGGAGUAGAAAAUGUAUGAUAAAACUCAAGUACUACAUGCAGAUCAUUUUAAUUUUCUACUUUGCUUUAAUGCAAUAUUGUUUAUUUACUCCAUGUAUUGUAUUCAGAGAAACUCCUGUAUUGUUUCC